AUGAUAGCAAGUUCCCAAAAGAAACUGAAACAUGGACAAUUUAAGAAGCUUGGAGUAGCUUUUGGGUAUAUUCUUAACUUUUAUAAAUAUCCGCCUCUCGAGGAUAUCACAGUUGAAGAGUUUGAGACUUUUGCUUUGGAUAGGUUACAAGUAUUAAAAGCUAUUGAGGGUGCAAUACUAAGAAAUAAAACAGAGGAACAAAUUCAUAGCCACAUAAAACAAAUAUCUGACGAAUUUCUUCCUUUACGUUCGAAUGACGGCAAGCAACGCUAUGAUUUACAAGCCGAAAGAAGAAAAGAUCAUAUUUCACAUUUUAUAUUGAGACUGGCAUAUUGUCGAAAGAGUCGAUUCAUAAAUGAAAAAAUUGAAGAUAGAGAUGCAUUUUUAAGAGAUGAAAAUAUUAUGUGGCCUCAAUUAUCUACAACUGAGAAAGAAUCUAUGAAAGAUGAAUUAAAUUUGACUCAUGAUUUUUUAAAGGAUCCAAUUUUUGUGGUUGAAUUUGAAAAUGCUCUGGAAUUAGUCUCACGACGCGCAGUAUAUUUAAAAGAUGGCAAAGCAUACGUCCCUGCACAUGAACAAAUUACUCUUGUCUUAAGUGAAUUUCGUAAGAGACUCGAAGAAGCACUUUUGUUAACUAGCAAGGCAUUUCCUAAAUUAGAUGAUGAACGUAUAUUGCCCCUCCUGAAUAAUAUAAAUAAACAAUACCUUGGUAAAAAUUUUACAGGUAAAAAUGUUAUAGAAGGAAAGAUAACAGCUGACGAUGUAGACGAGGGAAUUGGUCUUACAAUUGAAGAAGCCUUGAUAUUUUGGAGAAAAUCUUUUUCUAUGAUCGAUGAUUCAAAGUUCCAAAGAGAAUACGCCUACAAUAUCAGACAUAAUUAUGGAAUAGAAGGAAGGCGUAAAGAUUAUGCUCCAUUAGGAUGUAUGAGUAUAAUUUCGAAUAAUCAGCCAGGUCCGAGUGAAAAUCACGGUUGUCCAUUUAGGCACUUUUCAGAAGAAAACUUGAAAGCCACCUUAAUUGAUAAUGGAAUAAGGAACACUGAUCAAAUUAAUAAUAUUAUAACAUUGGUGAGAGAUCAACAUUAUCAAAUUGCUUGUACCAGAUUCUACGAAAUGACCAGAAACCUUGAAGAUUUAAAUGAAGAUAAACCUGUAGUGGAAACAAUUCAACAUCCAAAUCAAUAUUACGAAGAAAGCAUUAAACUUGCUAAAUCGAAAAAAAAAACUUUAUUACCAGUUUUUGAUCCUCAACAAAACAGUUAUUUAAUAAGGAAAUAG